UCAUUGAGUUUUACACAUGUGCAUUAGGUGAAAUUUUAUGGGCUGAAUUUAAACUCGAAACUUUUGAAAUUUGAAAACAAUAGUUGAGGUUUACUUACACGUUAGUAUAUAUGUAGUGGUAGCACACUAUAUCUCCACACACUAAUGGAUAGAUCUUCACAGCUUUAUCUCUUUGGAACCUCACUCUUACUUCUUCAAUGGCUGAUUGAUUAUAGCUCAGCCAACUCAUACAUCAACCUUGAUCGUUCUUCACUUGUUGCCUUCAAAUCUCGAAUAUCUUUCGAUCCCCAUAAUAUAUUGACCAAAAAUUGGAGUAGUAGGAGAAAUGUGUGUAGUUGGAUCGGAAUUACUUGUGAUUCUCGCUAUCACAGGGUGACUCGGUUGGAUAUAUCGUCUAUGGGUAUUGUAGGAACCAUUCCAUCAGAAAUCGGAAAUCUUUCUUUUCUAGUUUCUUUAGAUUUCAGUGAAAACUCUUUCCAUGGUCCUAUUCCCCCAUCUAUUUUCAACAUCUCAUUUUUAGAAGAUUUGAAUUUGAGGAAUAAUAGUUUUUCUAGUAGCCUACCGUUUGAUAUGUGCAAACACAAUCUGCAUAGGCUCAAGAGACUUCGUAUAUCUUUCAACGAGAUGUAUGGAGAAAUACCGUCGAGUUUGGAGCACUGUUCACAGCUUGAGUAUGUUUCUUUGCGCAGCAACAACUUUAGUGGACAUGUGCCAACACAAAUUGGGAAGUUGACAAUGCUUCAAGAGUUAUACUUAGGUGCCAACUAUUUAAGUGGUAAUAUUCCAAAAGAAAUUGCAAACUUGACAAACCUUCAAUGGUUGGGCCUUCAUAACAACAAUUUAAGUGGUAAUAUUCCAAAAGAAAUUGGAAACUUGAGAAUGCUUCAAUGGUUGGAUCUUAAUACAAACAAGUUAAGUGAUAAUAUUCCAAACGAGAUAUUUGGUCUUACAAAUCUACAAACUUUGGACGUAAGUGUCAACAACUUUAGGGGCCACGUUCCUACAGAAAUCGGGAACUUGACAAUGCUUCGAUUGUUAGACCUUAGUACAAACAAAUUAAGUGGUAAUAUUCCAUUAGAGAUUGGUGCCCUUACUAAUUUACGAUAUUUAGACAUGAGUUUCAACGCAUUUAGCCAACAUGUGCCACGAGAAAUUGGGAACUUGAAAGAGCUUCAAUCCUUGUACCUUAGUAACAACAAGUUAUAUGGUAACAUUCCAAAUGCGAUCGGUGCUCUUACUAAUUUACAAAAUUUGGAUGUGAGUGUGAACAACUUUAGUGGCCAUGUGCCAAAAGAAAUUGGAAAUUUAAAAAUGCUUCAAUGGUUGAAUGUUCGUACCAACAAGUUAAGUGGUAAUAUUCCAAAUGACAUUGCUGGUCUUACUAAUUUACAAACUUUGAGCAUGGAUUUCAAUAGCUUUAGUGGCCAAGUACCAAGACAAAUUUGGAACUUGACAAUGCUUCUAACGUUGUAUCUUGGUAACAACAUGUUAAGUGGUAAUAUUCAAACUGAGAUCGGUGGUGUCGCUACUAAUUUACAAUAUUUGGAUAUGAGUUUCAACAACUUCAGUGAUCAUGUGCCACGAGAAAUUGGGAACUUGACAAGCCUUCAGACGUUGUACCUUAAUAACAACAAAUUGAGUGGUAAUAUUCCGAAAGAGACUGGUGCCCUUACUAAUUUACAAACUUUAAGCAUGAGUUUCAACAACUUUAAUGGCCAUCUCCCAAAAGAAAUUGGCAAUUUGACAAUGCUGCAGUGGUUGAACCUUCGUACCAACAAGUUAAGUGGUAAUAUUCCAAAAGAGAUUGGUGCUCUUACUAAUUUACAAUAUUUGGCAAUAAAUUUCAACAACAUUAGUGGCCAAAUGCCAAGAGAAAUUUUGAACUUUACAAUGCUUCAAAUGUUGUACCUUGGUAGCAACAAUUUAAGUGCUUUAGUGGUCACGUGCCAAGAGAAAUCCAAAACUUGCCAAAGCUUCAAGAACUGUUCUUGGAUGCCAACAAUUUAAGUGGUCCAAUACAAUCCACCUUUGUGAAUCAAUCAGGAAUGGUUUUUUUAGGGCUUGGUCUCAACUUCUUCAAUGGAGAGAUUCCACCAUCCAUUUGCAACAUGACAUCCCUCCAAAUCCUCUAUUUAUCGUACAAUAAUUUGGAAGGACCAAUUCCAAAAUGUGUGGGAAACUUGAGCACAUCUCUUUUAUCCUCCAUUUGAAUGCAAAUAUACUUAGUGGUAUCAUUCCGUUAACAUUCCAAAAGGGUUGCAAUCUUCAGUCAAUCAAUCUGAAUGACAACAAAUUGGAAGGAACACUACCCCAAACCCUAGUCAACUGCCAGGGUUUGUUGGGCAUUGACAUUGGUAAUAAUGGAAUACAAGAUGCAUUUCCCUUUUGGAUGGAAACACUCCCUCAACUUCGCUUGCUUGUCUUGAGGUCAAAUAAGUUCAAUGGUACGAUGUCGGUGGAUUCAAACUCAAACACGGAGCAACCAUUUCCAAAGUUGCAAGUCUUGGAUGUAUCGCAGAAUGCAUUUGUUGGCCCUCUACCUGAUAGAUAUAUCAAGAACUUUCGAGGUAUGAUAGAUGCAAAGGAAAACCAGACUGAUGAUAGAGCAAAUUUGUUUCUAAGUUAUAUAGACUUGAAACUCACAUUGAAAGGAUUGGAUCAGUUAUUGCUGCAACUGUUGGAUACCUUUACAACUAUUGAUUUAUCAUCUAACAGAUUCUCUGGUAGCAUUCCAACAUCGGUAGGGAAUCUUAACUCUCUUAGAUACUUGAAUUUGUCUCACAAUACCAUUGUAGGACAUAUACCUUCAUCAGUUGCAGGUAUGAGUUUACUCGAGUCGUUGGACUUGUCUUCAAACAAACUAGAUGGAGAAAUUCCAAGUGGAUUGGCAAGGUUGACAUUUCUUGCAAAGUUAAACCUUUCGAUGAAUAAUCUUGAGGGACAAAUACCACAGUCUACUCAACUUUCCACAUUUGGUAACGAAUCAUAUGUGGGAAAUGUAGGAUUGUGCGGAUUUCCAUUGACCAAAAAAUGUGAGGGGAGUGAUGGAAAACCAGUAUUUCCUCAAGACGAAGAAGAUGGUGAUGAGUAUGGAUUUAUAGAUGGAUUUGGUUGGCGAAGUGUGGUGAUGGGUUAUGGAUGUGGAUUUGUAGUUGGAAUCGGACUUGGUUACAUGAUUAUAAGAAGUGGAAGGCCAAACUGGUUAGUUGAAUUCUUUUUUGGGGUUGGAUACAAUAAUAGUAAGACGAAGAGAAGAAAUAGAGCAAAAGCAACCACAAGAAGAAGGUAAUUCAAGACCAACAUUGUGAUUUCCUUGUGUUUCAUUUGUAACUCUAGCAUAGUGGGUGUAUAUAUGAUGUUUUGUAAUUAUGCUUUGUAAAAUAUGUAAUUAAUGUUGUAUAUCUAUGGUUUGCUACUUUUGUUCACAAAAACAUAUACAUAUUGAUUCUAUUGUGUGACUAAGCUUUUUCAUGCAA